GUCUGGUUUGGGUUUGGUCUCUGGGUGUAGACUUUGCCAGCCAAGGGACCAGGCUUGGAUUUGGUGGGCAGAACUGGAAACAAGAUUGGAGCGAAUGGGACCCAGGAUUGAUCACUCACAAGUGUCUCUGGGCAAAUCUUGUCACUUUCCGGGCUGAUCAGGGCAGUGUGGCAGCAGCCUGAAAGGCAGACCUGCAGCUGCUUUUAUGUGGGGCUUGCCAUGGGGGGCUUGGGACGCUCGGAGGGGAAAGAAGCUGCCUGGCUGGCUGCAAGCUAGGACAGAUGCCACACCAGAGAGCCCCAUCCUCCACCAGCCCCUCCCUGCCUGAUUAAGAGACCCUAAUCAGCUUGGGGAGAUUAAGGGCUCUGGCCUGCUGUUCCCACACCCCCGCCCCAGGCCCGGGCAAAGGAGACCUGUGGGAGGGCGUCAGAAGGAUCGGCCCUGUGACCCCUCACCCCGGCCCUGGGCCCGAGCCCCGGACUUUCCGAGGCCCGCAAUGACAGCCUGCGCCCUCCUCGAAGGUGGGCUUCGGGACCCCCGGCUCUGCGCCCCCGCGUGGUGGGCUCCGUCUCCGCCCGGCCUUUCCCGGACCCUGCCUCGGCUGGGGCUCCUGCUGCUGCUGCUGCUGCUGCUGCUCCUCCUGCCGCGCUCUGCCCUCUCCGCCGUCUUCAAAGUAGGGGUGCUGGGGCCCUGGGCCUGCGAUCCCAUCUUUGCCCGAGCCCGCCCGGACCUGGCCGCCCGCCUGGCCGCCGCCCGCCUGAACCGCGACGCUGCCCUGGAGGGCGGCCCUCGCUUCGAGGUCGCGCUGCUGCCCGAGCCGUGCCGGACGCCUGGCUCGCUGGGGGCGGUGUCUUCCGCGCUCACCCGCGUCUCGGGCCUCGUGGGGCCGGUGAACCCCGCGGCCUGCCGUCCGGCCGAGCUAUUAGCCCAAGAGGCGGGGGUCGCGUUGGUGCCCUGGGGCUGCCCUGGGACGCGGGCGGCGGGAACCACGGCCCCCACGGUGACGCCCGCGGCGGAUGCCCUCUAUGCCCUGCUGCGCGCCUUCCGCUGGGCGCACGUGGCGCUGGUGACCGCCCCCCAGGACCUGUGGGUGGAGGCGGGACGCUCACUGUCCACGGCGCUCAGGGCCCGGGGUCUGCCCGUUGCCUUGGUGACCUCCAUGGAGCCCUCGGACCUGUCUGGAGCCCGGGAAGCCCUGAGGAGGGUCCAGGAUGGGCCCAGAGUCAGAGCAGUGAUCAUGGUGAUGCAUUCGGUCCUGCUGGGCGGCGAGGAGCAGCGCAGCCUACUGGAGGCUGCAGAGGAGCUGGGCCUGGCCGAUGGUUCCCUGGUCUUCCUGCCCUUCGACACGCUCCAUUACGCCUUGUCUCCAGGCCCGGACGCACUGGCCGCGCUCGCCAAUAGCUCCCAGCUUCGCAGGGCCCACGAUGCGGUGCUCACUCUCACGCGUCGCUGUCCGCCGGGAAGCAGCGUGCUGGACAGCCUGCGCAGGGCCCAAGAGCAUCAGGAGCUGCCCUCUGACCUCAAUCUGCAGCAGGUAUCCCCACUCUUCGGCACAAUUUACGACUCGGUCUUCUUGUUGGCCGGGGGCGUGGCACGAGCCAGGGCAGCCGCAGGUGGCGGCUGGGUGUCUGGAGCAGCUGUGGCCCGCCAUGUCCGGGAUGCCCAGGUCACCGGCUUCUGUGGGACCCUGGGAGGAGCCGAGGAGCCCUCAUUCGUGCUACUGGACACGAAUGCGGCAGGGGACCGACUGUUUGCUACAUAUGUGCUGGACCCCACCCAGGGCUUCUUCCGCUCUGCUGGAACCCCAGUGCAUUUUCCUAGAGGGGGACGGGGGCCUGGACCCGACCCCUCGUGUUGGUUCGACCCAGACAUCAUCUGCAAUGGAGGAGUGGAGCCCCGCCUCGUCUUUAUCGGCUUCCUCCUGGUGGUUGGGAUGGGGCUGGCGGGGGCCUUCCUGGCUCAUUAUUUUAGGUACCGGCUUCUUCACAUCCAAAUGGUCUCCGGCCCCAACAAGAUCAUCCUGACUCUGGACGACAUCACUUUUCUCCACCCACAGGGGGGCAGUUCUCGAAAGGUAGCCCAGGGCAGUCGAACAAGUCUGGCGGGCCGCAGCAUGUCAGACGUUCGCAGCCUCCACAGCCAGUACCCGGAUAGCACCAACAUCGGCCUCUACGAGGGAGACUGGGUUUGGCUGAAGAAAUUCCCGGGGGAUCAGCACAUAGCUAUCCGCCCAGCCACCAAGGUGGCCUUCUCCAAGAUCCGGGAGCUCCGGCAUGAGAACGUGGCCCUCUACCUGGGGCUCUUCCUGGCGGGAAGCACAGGCGGUGCGGCGGCCCCCGGGGAAGGCAUGCUGGCCGUGGUCUCAGAGCACUGUGCCCGCGGCUCCCUCCAAGACCUCCUCGCCCAGAGAGACAUAAAGCUGGACUGGAUGUUCAAGUCCUCUCUCCUGCUGGACCUCAUCAAGGGAAUAAGGUAUCUGCACCAUCGAGGCAUGCCCCACGGGCGGCUGAAAUCACGGAACUGCGUGGUGGACGGGAGGUUCAUGCUUAAAAUCACCGACCACGGUCACGGGCGACUGCUGGAAGCACAGAGGGUGCUACCGGAGCCUCCCAGCGCCGAGGACCAGCUAUGGACAGCCCCAGAGCUGCUUCGGGACCCUGCCCUGGAGCGGCGGGGAACACUAGCCGGGGACGUGUUCAGCCUGAGCAUCAUCAUGCAGGAGGUGGUGUGCCGCAGCGCCCCCUACGCCAUGCUGGAGCUGCCUCCUGAGGAAGUGGUGAAGAGGGUGCAGAGCCCCCCGCCGCUGUGCCGGCCCUCAGUGUCCAUGGACCAGGCGCCCAUAGAGUGCAUCCAGCUGAUGAAAAAGUGCUGGGCAGAGCAGCCGGAACUUCGGCCCUCCAUGGAUCGCACCUUUGACCUGUUUAAGAGCAUCAACAAGGGCCGGAAGAUGAACAUUAUCGACUCGAUGCUGCGGAUGCUGGAGCAGUACUCCAGUAACCUGGAGGACCUGAUCCGGGAGCGCACAGAGGAGCUGGAGCUGGAAAAGCAGAAGACGGACCGGCUGCUCACACAGAUGCUGCCUCCGUCUGUGGCAGAGGCUCUGAAGAUGGGGACCCCUGUGGAGCCUGAGUAUUUCGAGGAGGUGACACUGUACUUCAGUGACAUUGUGGGUUUCACCACCAUCUCAGCCAUGAGUGAGCCCAUCGAAGUCGUGGACCUGCUCAACGACCUCUACACGCUUUUCGAUGCCAUCAUCGGCUCUCAUGACGUCUACAAGGUGGAGACAAUUGGGGACGCCUACAUGGUGGCCUCAGGGCUGCCCCAGCGCAACGGGCAGCGGCACGCGGCGGAGAUCGCCAACAUGGCCCUGGACAUCCUCAGCGCCGUGGGCUCCUUCCGCAUGCGCCACAUGCCCGAGGUGCCCGUGCGCAUCCGCAUCGGCCUGCACUCGGGCCCGUGCGUGGCGGGCGUGGUGGGCCUCACCAUGCCGCGGUACUGCCUGUUCGGGGACACGGUCAACACGGCCUCGCGCAUGGAGUCCACGGGGCUGCCUUACCGCAUCCACGUGAACAUGAGCACCGUGCGGAUCCUCUGCGCCCUAGACCAGGGCUUCCAGACGGAGGUGCGGGGCCGCACCGAGCUGAAGGGCAAGGGCGCCGAGGACACGUACUGGCUGGUGGGCAGACGCGGCUUCAACAAGCCCAUCCCCAAACCGCCUGACCUGCAACCGGGGGCCAGCAACCACGGCAUCAGCCUGCAGGAGAUCCCCCCCGAGCGGCGCCAGAAGCUGGAGAAGGCGAGGCCCGGCCAGUUUUCCGGGAAAUGAGACCUGGCCUGGGACAGGAUUAUUCCAGAAGGUCCUUUUCCGGAAAGUUGCUGCUGUAGAUGACCAAAAGUCUGGCUAGUACCAGUGGCUUCUAUCCAGCUGCCUCAAAGGAUACUGGACCUUUGCAAGAGCUGCUUGCAAGCCGGCUGUGAGACCUUGGGAAAGUCUCGUGCGCUCUCUGGGCUGGGCUUCCCCUCCAUGGUGGAAUGAAGAGCAGCCUAGAUGCUUUCCACACAGCCCCAGCCCUGACAGCUGGGCACCAGUGUGAUUGGCCUUGGGAUCUGGGGCGCUGAGCGUGUGGCCUCCAGCCCCAGUGACCCUGAGGUCCAUCAGGAGAUGCUGGACAGGGGGGUUCUCCACUUUCCAGCGCCUCCUGCUCCACCAGAGCAGGGGUGGUCACGUGGCCUGAGGAUUCCAGGGCUUCUGUUUGGCCUCAAGCGUCCUUUCGUUCCACAUCCCUCACCAGUCAGAAACUGGUUCCUUCUCCUGUGGCAUAACCACGUCACUUGCCCAAAUGCAAAGAAAAGCUUGCUUCAAAGCUUUGGGGAGAGGAAUGGAAAUAAACCGCACCAAACCACUCCUGAGCACAGUGCCGA